AUGGGAGAGCGGGCAGGGGUUAGGUACCCGGAGAACAGAGUUCUGCGGAUGGGGACUGGGGGUGAGGUCGCUGAGAGUCAGAUGCUGCAGAAGGAGCAAAUUACAGACAAUUGGCCAGGAUAUGACUUGAACUUCUUGACAUACCCACAGCACUAUUAUGAAGUGGAAUAUGUGCUCUUACCUCCUGGCAUCAUUGUGGACUGGAUUGAGCAACUGGCUAAGGACAUUAUGAAAGACAUAGGAUGCUGUGGCAUUACGGUCUGUGUCCUUCAAGGAGGUUACACAUUCUGUGACAAACUUGUAGAGCACCCUAAGAACAUCAGCUGGAAUUCAGAUAGAUGCAUCUCUAUAAAGGUUGAUUUCAUCAGACUGAAGAGUUACAAGAAUGAUCAGUCCGUGGGCGAGAUGCAGAUGAUCAGAGGGGAGGAUGGGUCUUGCUUAUUUCGGAAUGUCCUCAUUGUGGAGGAUCUUUGGGUCUGGAGGACCAUGAGAGCCCUGCUCAGCAGCAUAAAGAAAUACACGCCCAAUACAGUUAAGGUCACCAGUUUGCUGGUAAAGAGAACACCCAGAAGUGAUGGCUUUAGACCUAGCUAUGUGGGAUUUAAGAUUUCAAACUUAUUUGUGGUGGGAUAUACCUUAGAUUAUAACGAAUACUUCAGAGAUCUGAAUCACAUAUGUGUGAUCAAUGAACAUAGUAAAGAAAAAUACGGAGUCUAAAAGAAGCAAAUUCUCACUGACAGACUCUAGUAUCACAGCUACAACCACAUGCAGGAAGCCAGCAUAUAAAGCCUGUCUCCUCGGGCAUCUUCACUCAGCAGGAUAAAAAAGAAGUGUUUUCAGAGAGCUUUCUUUUCUGAGGCUGUAAUCUAAAGUGUACCAAAGGUUUGUAAGGGAAGGAAAGCCGUGCCUUUAUUUGACUUGCUCCAUAUUAAACACCACAGUUCUGACUCGCAGCUCUACCCAACUUCACACCCCUAAGCUACACCUUCUUCUGUUGUGAUAGUCAUCACGCUGGAUCACUAUUCCCAGGAAUAUCACCACCUAGUUACUCAAAUAUUUUUCACCUAACCUUUUUUAAUACCCUAUUUUUAUAACACUUUACACUAUUAAGACCCCGGAAACCUUCUAACUUAGUAUCUGAGCUCAUAGACUAAGAAUCCAGCUAAGUUCCCAUACUGAAAAAAAAAGGAGCGAAAGGAUGACUUAACAUACAUUUCUGUUUGCACAUUCCUGACAGGACUUUAUUAUCUGCUUUGACAAAGCCUUCAGACACGCAGAGGACAAUGAAUCUUAACGAUGGUAUGAGCGAGCCCGGCCUAGUGCUCUGGGUCUGAGUUUCCGGCGUGUGCAUGUCAGCGGUGCAUGGACGUACUCAACUGUGCUUAAUACUCUGAAUUUUAAUUAGAAAGACACAAUGGCAGCAGGGCCCUACAUCCUUUUAUUCGUGUGGGACAUGGACUCAAGACAGGGAGUGUUUUCCGUGCCCAAAGCUAAGCAAGUAUAGAUUUUUCCUCCUAUUUGCAGCAAAGGACAAGACACUGUUAAGUACUGUCCUAAACAUGAACACAGGGGCCAAAUUAUUUCAUGAAGUGUCCUUACGAGACAGGUCACAGUCUGAGGGGCUGUAGGAAAUAAGCAUACUUACAGAAGUUUUUUCUAAGUAACACUUUUUUACCGCCGUUGUGUGAGACAUUUUCUAAUUUGUGGGAAUUUUAAUCAAAAAUAAAUUUGAGUGUCAACAGAGCUUUUUUUCCCUCACUUCCUAAAGUGGAUAAAUGUAAAAUAAAUAACUGCUAGUAAGCAAGCUUUGUUUGGUUUUGAACUGUAUGGGGUAUGUUAUGAGGCUCUAGUGUCCUUUAAUAAAAAAUCAGAAAUC